AUGCCGACAACAUGUGCACGCCUGUUCAAACCUCAACAAGGAUAUCCAACAACGCGGAAAGUGUUGGAUCCAACAGGUCGAUUAGGUUCGUUGUAUAAUACAGCUGUUGAUCAGCUCGUAGAUAGACAUUCGGUAGCAGAUUUUCAAACGACAGUACCAAAGAAACGCUCGAUAUGUCAAGUAAUGUCAGGUGAUGCAUCGAGAAGUUUGAUGAGUUAUAUGGACUAUUUUGGCUUCGACAAUGCAAUUCGAAAUAGUAUUCGUCUUCGCACGGUUACAGCGUCUGGCGUUGGUCAUUUUCUGACAUACAAUGGCGCAGUCAAUCAAAAUACUCGACUCUUGUAUUAUUGUUACAAAGACCGAAAGGAAGAAAUUCAAGUAAAAGCUCGUAAAACGCAUCAAAUUGUUUUGCCGCCGCAAAAUUCAACGGAUGCAACGCAUAUGAUUACGAAAAUCGUGUGGGGAUUCGAAUUUUUAUGCAUUAUACAAAAUACAGGAAAUCGGUCGAUGGAAACUAUCGAUCGAUUAUUGUACAAUGUCAGUAAUCAACUAGAUCGAAAUCGAAUUCCUCUCCAAUUAACAAACGAUGAUCGACGUCUUGUGAACCAAUUGACUAAUACGACAAUAUAUGGAACUGAAACGUGUAUUGCCGACCCAUCGACAUCAUUACUCACCGUUCUCGACCGUUUGUAUGAAUGGCAACGAAAUCCGAAUUUUCAUCAACCAAUCAGGUAUACCAUGCAGCCGUUACGAUGGUUGUACGGCGGACGAUUUCAAGUACCGUGCUAUGAGUCGAACGAUGAGAAUCCGCACAUUCGUCGAAUUGAUCCGUUGCGUCAACGUAUCGAAGGUCAAUUACAACGAGCUGAUGAAUUGUUGUUAAGACUACCGGAGCACUUUUCAAGUUCGACUCUCGAAGCAAAAUUCAACGACGCCAAGCAUUAUUACAUGAGUCUACGUGACAAUCAAGCAGAUCUUGAAGAACGUCUCCAUAAAGCUAUUCCAGAUGUUCGUAGUCAUCGUAGCAAGCCUGUUCUAUUAGACAAUAUCAUUGCUGACCAACAAUAUGUCAAUUUGCACAAAGAUAAAAUAGAUGAUUUCUUAUUUACACUUGAACGAUUGUUAGCAAAAGCAACAUUGAUCGACAAAUUGAAGAGAGACAGAAUUGAUUAUAUCAAUGUACACGAUCUUCGCCCAGACGGACCAAGCUCGCCUACAAAUGAAGUGCUCGAUGUUAUUCUAAAACGUUCGUGUUUGAAUGACAAGCAUGCGGUCAUACUUUGGUAUUCAACUGAUCGAUUAAAACGCGAACAAGAUGAACGAUGGCAACAAAUCUAUGAACAAAUUCUAUUAGAUCGUCAACAAGCGCCUCACAUAACUAAAUUAGUCUACGCGGAUUUUACUAAUUGCAAAGAACGACUGGACGGUUUUGUUAUUGUACAAUUACCACUAGCAGGACGACCAAGCGUGAUGCAAUCAGAUCCAAUCAAAGGUAAAUACAGUCGCUUGCAAAUCAAUACUUUGAAACGUUUGAAAAUCUAUUUAGAAAUAACACUUCCGCCGCGUCGAACAAUUUCCAGUCCAUCAAUUUCUAAAGUGAAACCUUCAACACCGUCAUUACCAUACAAACAACAACAACCACAGCCGCUAAAACAUAGAUCGAGAACACCACCAGCUAUUCCCACAACACCACCUGACGUGACACAUCACACAAAACAGCUCGGCAAACCUCUAUCGUCAUCAAAAACAGAUCUCAAUGUAUUACUGCUGGGAGAAACUGGAGUGGGUAAAUCGACAUUCAUCAAUGCAUUUGUUAACUAUUUGAAAUUCAAUACGCUCUCCCAAGCUGAACAGGGUGAACCAGCUGUUUUAAUUCCAGUUUCAUUUCUUUUAACAGUAGGUGACCGAUUCGAUGAAGUUAUCGUUCAGUUUGGCGAUCCUAAUCCCAACGAAAAUCACGAACGCGAUGGUCAAUCUGUGACUCAACAAUGCAAAUCAUACGUGUUCGAUUUAAACGAUCAAUAUCGUUUGCGUUUAAUCGACACACCUGGCGUCGGGGAUACUCGAGGAAUUGAUCAAGACAUGAAAAACAUCGAUCAUAUUUUAACGUACAUUGACAAUCUACCGCACAUCAAUGCAAUUUGUUUACUAUUAAAACCGAAUACUUCUCGAUUGAAUGUUAUCUUUCGUUCAUGUAUUCAUCAAUUAACCAGUUACGUUACACGAAACGGUUGCCGAAAUAUAAUUUUCUGCUUUACAAAUGCUCGAGCAACAUUCUACUCACCCGGUGAUACAGGUCCAGUACUUCAAAAAAUGCUUGCCGACGAAAAUCCCGAUAUUCCGUAUCAAAAAGAGAACACAUUCUGCUUCGACAGCGAAUCAUUUCGAUACUUAGUCGCAAGAAGAUGCAAUGUUAUUUUCGAUGAUUAUCAAAAACAGGAAUGUCAAGAGAGUUGGAAUACAUCCGUAACUGAAUCGUUUCGCCUAUUGAAUUUUAUUCAAACACGGCAACCAUAUAAACUACAUGAUUCGUUAUCAAUCAGAAGAGUAGCUCUGGAUAUCUCAAUGCUCGCGCGACCGUUGAUGGAAACAUUACGUUUAAUUGUUUACAAUUGGAAAUUGAGCGAAGCGAAGUUGAUUGCUAACCAAAUUGUAUUAAGUGUGACACCCAUCGAGGUUGAUCUAUGUACGAAUUGUGCACAAAUGAAUAUCAAGGAAACAGGUCCAUUCUGGAUCGCUCAAUAUCAGAAUGCUCUUCUACGAACAGCUGCGAAUCAACAUUGUUUUUGUCCUUCGAAUGACAAACAAGUUUUAGUUGAAUAUCUAAUUCAACAUCAAUUCGUUACCGAACCAGCUGGUUUAAAAAAUGAACGAUGGCAAAGUUCAUUUCAUAAUUUCCUUCUUAAAUGUGAUACAUUAUUAUAUUUCUUACGUCAACAAGAUUCAUCCACGAGUGAAGACCCAUUUCAGCCCAUUCUCGAUCGUUUUCUCGCCGAAGAAAAUCAUAUUUCACAGACUCGAAAUAUUAAUACUAGUAUGAACCGUAAAGUUCGAGAUGUCUUAUUGUCGAUAAAACAGAGACGACAAUUGAAUCAUCAGCAAUUGUCGAAUGAUAAUGAAAGACAAUCGAUCGAUAAAAUUUAUCAGAUAAUCAAAGAAUUACAAGCAAUACCUACCGUUCAGAAACAAGUCGAUUGUAUACAGACAAGUCGACAGAUAAAACUAAAAUCAAACGAAAUUCAAGUUCAAAUGAGCGCCAUUCAAAAUAGAACAUUGGCUCGACUUCCGAGUUAA